CUUUAGUUUUCUCAUUAUAAAUAAUCUUCAGAAAAAUUAGUUCACAAAGAAAUACGAUUUCAACAUUACUUUUAUAAAGGUAGUGAGUUUUGCACAAUGAAUUUUCAAGUAGGCCUAUGCAUCGUUAUUCUGGUAGCUGCAACAUCAGCCGAACGAGGUGAUUUGAAAAUCUAUGGUAGUAGUCAAUUUGGGAUUGGAUUUCUGCAGUUCAACAACGGAACUGAUAAUUUCUUGACUGGCUGCUUUGCUGAUCAGAGUUUUGGUAUUACAGAGGGCUUGAUUGCCUGCCGCCAACUUGGAUUUCAACGACACGUGCGAACCGAUGAUUCCAUAUCUGAAAAUGAGGCUGCUAUUGCUGUCCUGGGAAAUUCUUCAUGCACUGUAGAAGAUACCAAGCUAAUCGAUUGUAUGGAAGUAAAAUUCAUGGAUUUUGCGGAGUUCGGACAGGAGUGUAUCAACCCACAACUUAUUUGCUCCAAUGAACCAGCUCUUACGUCUCCAUAUUCAUCGGAAGCUCUCUUGAUAACGAAUUCGUCUGAAGGUAAAGUGCACUUUUUGUCCUGUUAA